UGCAUUUCGAUCAUCCAGAGAGAGAGAGAGAGAGAGAGAGAGAGAGAGAGAGAGAGAUAGAUCGCUUCUUUUUAAUCUCCAGUGAUUGAUUUUGAUGGGAUUUUCGUUCUAGCCUUCGAUUCGGAAUUAAUCGAAACUUUUUUUUCUGGGAUUUGGGAUUCUUGAUUUUGGAGUAGCUGUUGUUAGAGAGAGAAAGAAUAAAGAUGGGAUCAGAUGAGAAUUUUUCCGGUGUGAUCAGACAUUCAAACACUCAAGGGUUAAUGAGGGGUGGGGGUGGAAAAUUAACAGGAGGAAUUGGGAAUAAUAAUAAUAAUCGAAGAGCGUUGAGUACAAUCAACAAGAACAUCAUUGUAGCUCCUCCUUACCCUUGUGCUGUUCAUAAAAGAGCUAUUCUUAAAGAGAAAAAUGCAGCUGCUGCUAAUAAAUGUCCCGUUAUUCCGAUUCAUCGUCCCGUUACUAGGAAAUUUGCUGCACAAUUAGCUGGAAAACAGCAGCAGGUGGUUUCGAGUGCGAAUAGUUCCGAAGAUUGCGUUAUAAUCGACGCAGACGAAUACAAGAAUGUGGAUGACCACGAUGUGCCGAUGUUCGUGCAGCACACCGAAGCUAUGCUCGAAGAGAUUGAUCGAAUGGAUGCAGAAAUCGAAAUGGAAGACGUAAACGAGGAGGAGUUGGAGGAGGCGAUAGUCGACAUAGAUAUUUCUGAUAAGAAAAAUCCACUUGCUGUUACUGAGUACAUUGAUGACAUUUAUGCUUAUUACAAGAAAACUGAGAGCUCAAGCUGUGUGCCGACAAACUAUAUGUCGCAGCAAUUCGACAUUAAUGAAAGAAUGAGAGGUAUUCUUAUUGACUGGCUGAUUGAGGUGCAUUACAAGUUCGAACUGAUGGAUGAGACGUUAUAUUUAACCGUAAAUCUGAUCGAUAGAUUUCUAGCGGUUCAAUCGGUUGUGAGGAAGAAACUGCAAUUAGUUGGUGUUACUGCUAUGCUCUUAGCCUGCAAGUAUGAAGAAGUUUCUGUGCCAGUUGUGGAGGAUCUUAUACUUAUAUCCGACAAAGCUUAUUCGAGACAAGAAGUGCUUGAUAUGGAGAAGUUGAUGGUCAAUACCUUACAGUUCAAUAUGUCGGUGCCAACUCCAUACGUGUUCAUGAGGCGAUUCUUGAAAGCUGCUGAAUCCGAUAAAACGUUGGAGCUGCUAUCGUACUUCAUAAUCGAACUGUGCCUGGUUGAGUACGAGAUGCUUCGAUUCCCGCCUUCUUUGUUAGCAGCUGCUGCAAUCUUUACUGCUCAAUCUACUCUUAGUGGAAGUAAGGUGUGGAGCAAGACAAGUGAGAGGCACACAAAUUACAACCAAGAUCAGCUCCUAGAAUGUGCAAGACUGAUGGUAAGUUUCCAUCAGAAGGCGGGAAGUGGUGGGAAGCUGAACGGUGUGCAGAAGAAGUACGCUACAUCGAAAUACGGAUAUGCAUCAAAGGCGAAACCUGCGGUUUUUCUCAUUGAUGAUGAAUUACUAACAAACUAAAUAGAAGGGGGGAUUACUACUAUUAAUUUGAUGGUCAAAUGCAAUGUAACAACAAUGAUGUAGUUUGCUUCUGUCUGUCUGUCUGUGUGUGUAUUUUGGGGUUUGUGGGGGGUGGUUGGGUAAUAUUGAGCAACACAAGUUGCCCCCUUAGUUUUCGAUUUUCUCUCGACUUUUUUUUAACUGCUCUCUUUCUGAUGGGAUGGAUUUAUAAUGUAAUUUUCUCCAAGAAAAUUCCCUUUCUUUUCUUUCUUGUUUAUAAUAAAUCUGGUUUAUUCAUUUUCA